AUGUUCUCAAAAUUCCUCCUAUCAGUUGUCUUCUUCCUAGCGUUGCUACGCAGUGCGCUGACACUCGAGCUCAAUAUCGCCCCAGACACGUCACUCCGCGACGGCCAGUUGUCCUUCAGCUCGAAGUGCGACUUCAUAGAGCCACCAAGCGAUGCACAAUUCCUGAAGAUGAUCCAAGUUGCCUACAACCAGAUGAAGCCGCCCCCUGACGAAGCCAAAAGACAAGGCAUCAGCAACAAGCAACUCCAGAAGCGACCAAACGCCAUGAUCGGCCUCUCUAUUGGCAACCAAGUCUACUUAAGUUCUUCCCUGAAAGGCAGCAAGCAGAUCAUUUACCAAAAUUCUUCUUGGGAUGGUGGCAAUGGCGAGUUCAACAAGGACCUCCCAGAAAGAUUCAACGGCGUCAAGGCUGCUUUGGAUCGUUGUAGCACUGAAACAGCCAAGCAACACAGAAACCAAGCAGCUUGUGGUGAAAUCAUGUCAACCCUUUUGUGGAUGGCGGACAACCCAACAUUAGACCCAAGCAAGCAAAAGGUCAGGGUUGCUGCGUUCAGUAAAGAGCGCUACCUGGCUCCUUGUUCACCGACGGAGAAGGACCCGGAGGGUGUGAGUUGGGGGUGUGAUAAGUGGACCCAGGAGAUGGGCUACACUGUUGUGAAUAACAUGUCCCUUCCAGAUGCAAUUACUGUUCAAGGGACGUGCAGAGGGCCACUCAGCCUGAAUGCGUGCCUAUUAAUAGAGUCUAAUGAGGGACAGACCUAA